GCAAAGGUGAGUGGAGGGUUCUUGCACAACUGGGACUCGUGGUUGUGGAGUGAUAAUAAAGAUUGGAAAGCAGAGAAACUGGACACUGCGGAUCCGGACGGCAAGAGCGCCAUGAGUUCCCUGAGCGGCCACACGCUGACGCGCCUGGAGGGGGAGGAGCUGGAGCGGCAGGAGCGGGACUGGAAGGGCUACACGGAGGGGCUGGUUCGCCUCACGCCCGGCAGAUGGCUCUUCCCGGCCACCUUUGAGCAAUACGCCGACAAGUACUAUAAGUUUGAGACCAAUCCGAGCGACGUGGUGCUGCUGACGUACGUCAAGUGCGGCACCACGUGGCUGCAGGAGGUGGUGUGGACCAUGCGGAACAACCCCAACCUGGACCACCCCAUGGCCGGCAUGCCCAUCAACGCCAGGGUGGCCUUCUUCGAGAUGGACACCCUACUGAAGACAAAGAACGUUGCACCAAUCACACCAGACCAUCCACUCAUGCAGGGAUUCAAAAAGAUGUGCCCGGGACGGGACCCCAAGAACGGUGUCUUCCUGCAGAUGACUGAGUGCUCACCAGCCCCAAGGACCUUCAAGUCUCACCUUCCUCUGUCGCUCCUGACUCCAAACCUCCUUGACAACACCAAGGUGGUGUACAUGGCGAGGAACCCCAAGGAUAUCGUGCUCUCCUUCUUCCACCACUGCCGCAUCUUCAAGAACCAUGACUUUCAGGGAACUUUUGAGGAGUUCGUUCAGUACUUCCUCGACGAUGACUUCAUCUACGGUCCCUACUGGCUGCACCUGAAGGAGGCCUGGAAGCAGCGGGACCAUCCUAACUUUCACUUCAUGUUCUACGAGGACCUCAAGGAGAACAACAUGGAGGAACUCAAGCGCCUCAACAAUUUCCUGGGAACAAAGUUGACUCAGGAACAACUGGAGAAUGUGGCUCACUACACCAGCUUCCCAGAGAUGAAGGCUCGUGAUUCAGUUCUUGGAGCAGGUUCUGAUAUAUUCUUUAAUCUUGACACUGUCGAGAAAGACGGAGGAUUCUACAGAAAAGGAGUGGUUGGGGACUGGAAGGGCAAAUAUACACCCGAGCUGGAGGCAAAGAUGGAGGAGUGGAUCAAGACCAACCUCGGUGACCUUGGAAUAGAGUUCAAAUAUGGAGCUAAAGAGUGAUGGCGACAGAUGACAGCUUUCCAACAUGCAUACUGUCAACUUCCUUGUUCUAUCUUUCUAGUGUGACCUUAACCCGGUAGCAGAGGGGAUCGGGUUUCUUAAUGGUCCCUCCAAGCGAGAAAAAUGAGAAAAAAUCACCCCUCACACAAACCAUUUUAUAAUAUAUAUCAAAGCAUUUGUGAUUAAAUUAUGUAUCAUCUAUUUUGGGGGGUAAAUAUCAUGGCACAAAUUUAGCCCAUCGCCGCUACACGGUGGAGCCACAAAUUUGGCCCGUCACUGCUACCGGGUUAAGUGAUUUCCUUCCUCCCUCCUCUCUUUACAAACACACACACACACUGUUCUACACUGAUAUCUAUUUAUUUGGACAUUUAAUUUUCUUUACAAACCCCUGCCCCAUUUGGUUGUCUUGUCUUGAAUUCCUCCCACCAGAAUAUUCUCCAUCUUAACUACACUUGAGUCCCAUAUCCUGGUGAGCAGAAAAGUGCUUAGACUUGUGCCUGUAUAGGAUGACCAUUUUUAAUUGUCCUGCUUCAGAACUUUUGAUUGUUGACCUCGGGAUAUUUUAAUCACGGCUCUUUUGGGCACCACCAGCUUUGUGCCUCUGAAUAACUUCUACGCUCGAUGACAGGCUGGUGAGCACGUGGCAGCACUGGCCAAAGUAGUAGUACAAACAGACCACUGUAAAAUUCAUCGGUUUGGGAAUAGAAAAUGAAGGGUCUCACAACGAAAGUCUAAAAAUUAAAAAUAUUGGCCUGCUAAUAUAUUCAUUGGGUUAUUUUUCCAUUUUCCAUUAUCACUAAUAUCAAAGUAGUAACUAUAACACAAGCACUGAGACUGGGAACUUCUGCCUAAGAUUAAAAGAAAACCUUUUUUUUUUCUUUUCUUUUAGGGAGAUCUUAACUAGUCUUAAAAUGUUAGUAUAUAUGCAUGUAGAUGUCCUUCAUCAAUAUGAUGUAAAAUUACAUUUUUGUUGUAAAAUUAACCUAUUGAAAAAAAUAUCAAAUAAAAAUCAAGCAGUUUCUUUAGGGGGGGGG